UUCAUAAAAUACGAAUAAAAGUGGGCCUGGAGUUUGAAAGUGUUCCCUGUGGCUGUGCAGCUUGAAUGGUUCUCUGUGACCUGCUCUGAGCUCUGCUGUUGUGUGCUGUGAGAGGACUUCAGGGAAGCUCUGAAAUCCACACAUGGGAGCAGUGACUUUUGAUGAUGUGCAAGUGAACUUCACUGAGGAAGAGUGGGAAUCGUUGGAUCCAUCCCAGAAGAAUCUCUACAAAAAUGUGAUGUUGGCGACCUUCCUGAACCUCAAAGCUCUAGGCUCUAAUUGGGAAGACCAUGAUAUUGAAGAACAUUUUGAAAAUUCUAGAAGAUUUAAAAGAAAAAUUGCUAUGGAGCAGAUGAGAAAGGGAAGGCUACCUAUGGUUCCGAGACUAUCUGUCUCUGUUUACAUGCACAGUGGACAACACAUCCACACUUCAACUCAACCAAUGACAUGGAUGUGGUAUGUGUGUGCGUGUAGAUGCCUGUGUGUAGAGGAGAACAUGUAUGUAGGAGUACAUGUGGAGGCCAGAGAACAACCUCAGGUGACACAGCGUGACUGCUGUUCACCUCCUUUGAACAGGGUCCCUUGAUGCCUGGGCCUCACUAUUUGGUUAGACUUGCUGGCCUGCAAAUGCACUCAUCCUUCUGUCUCCACUUCUGCCACGAUGCUCAGCAUUUUUCACAUGAAUUCUGGAGAUAGAACUCAAGUCCCUGAGACUGUGAGCAAGCACUUCACCCACUGCACCAUCUUCCCAGCCCCUGGUGAGCUGUCUUUGCUUCAACGCCCGCAUCUGUAUUAGAUGCUUUUCCUAGACCUCGUACUCUAUUUAUUUGUCUCUUUUCAUUUCUUUACUGUUAAAGUUCGCAUCCAUAAGUCAAUCAGAAUGACAUUUCUAACAUAUGCUUGCUUUGAUCCCAUGUCCUUAGCUCUUCUAGCAACAAUACAAAUCUCCCUUAAGUGUUAGGUGAGCUGGUUCUAGUUCCAGUCCUUAUGUUAUAAGCCACACUGCCUUGGGCAAGUUGUUCUAGGACUCUAGCCCUCAGUUACUUCAUCUAGUGACAACUGCCUGCAUCUGCCUCAUCGAGUUGAUGCAGAUAAGAUCACGAAGAGAAAGAACCCUGAGACCUUGAAAGUAGGAAACAAAGGUGGUGGGGGGUUGUGGUGCAUGUACACUAGUGGCUCUCACCCCAUCCCUCAGAUUCUGAUUCAGUUAGUGUGGGCUGAAAACUAGGUAUUCAUUAUAUUCAAACAAAUGCCCCAGGUGAUUUCAGUUACAGCCAGAGCCUUGAGCCUCUUGUUUUAAUGAGUGUUCUUGGUUUGGAAGAAGAGAUAAUAAAUGAGGCAGUCAUAGGCCAGUGCCUGCUUAGUUCCUCACAUUUUCUCCUUCCCUAUUUCUCUCCUUCCCUUUUCCCCUUUCUCACUUUUUGGCCUGAUUGUUUCCUUCCUUUUUCUUUCUUUCUCUCUUCCUCUUUCUUUCUUUCUCUC